AUGCCUUGGCACAUCUCAAAUAAGUUGCAAAGCAAUGCAAUCCUGCUUUCCGACUCCUGGCGAGUCUCCAAAGACAUCGUCAUCGAUGUCAAGGUCGAAUGGCGGAUGAGCAAGAAGGGGGAACUGCCCAAGGUCACUGUCUCGAUGGAACCGAAGUACAAGCCCGGCAAGACUGCUUCUCGGCACUACUCGUGGCGCAACAUGUAUCCCUACAGCACAGAGUAUCGCUUGGAUAUCAUUUCACUGCGCAUGACGGAUAGCGGGGAUUGCAUCUUCGGCUGUGGGAAGUUCGUACCAGAUCAUGAGUCUAGUCUGACUGCUGGCGAAAUUUGGGAGCAAAUCAUCGGUGAGCGCACAUAUCGUCCGAUGUUCCGAGAGUACGAGGCGGAGCUUCUUCUUACCAAGGGAAAUAGAGCGGCUAUGGUGCGCUGGGUAUGGUAG